AUGCCUUCCUACAUUGUCACCCUCAAGGACGACGCGAGCCCAGAGGAAGUCGCCGCGGCCAAGAAGCAUGCUCAAGACCAGGGCGGCCAGAUCAGCCAUGAGUACAGCCUAAUCAAGGCCUUCGCAGUCACCUUCCCCGACGACGCCAUUCAGACCCUGGAGAGCCACGAGCAUGUUAAGGCCGUCGAGCUGGAUGGUGUGGUCAAUACUCAAUAG